CAAGGUUUGCAAAGAACUCCAAAAUAUCUCACAGGUGCGAAUCGAUCAUGGAAACCUGAACUUAUAAUCCAAUAAAAGUUUCCUUAAUCACACAAUCAGCGCUGGGAUGAUAAAGUGAAACAUCUGUAUUAAUUAAUUAAAGUUUGGAGUUUGAAGCUUAACUUUCCUAUGGGGCAUAAGGGCAAUCAGUUACUCCUGAAGCAAUUGGGUUCCUCUCUGCUGUUGGGGUCUUUAUAGUUCUCCUUGCAGUCCUCUCCCUCUUCAUCAACAAGAAGCUCUGUUUUGAAAAGAUUGGAGGUCUUCCCUGCUUGGAGCAACAGGGGAAGCACAAGCACUACAAAGAAAAAUCUGGGGUUCGGGAGGGUCUUGCUCACAGAGCACUGAAUCUGAUACACUGGCAAAGAGGAACAGCUGGAAUUUAUGACCAUCACAGGUUUUGCUCAUUAAAUAUAUAAAAGUAUGGCUUCAGAGGAUGUCUUAAGCUUCUUCCAGCCUUUUUCCUCCUGGAUAUCUCGAGUCUAUGAAGCUUUCCAGCAAGCAGGAGAAUCCUUAUCUUCUUCGUUGAAUAAUCUGGGAAGCAAACCAGAUCAAAAUGAAUUUGAUGGGGAAGAUGAGGAUUUAGAAGACAGUGAUGGGCUUUAUGAACGCUACUCUGUAGCUUCUGAUGAUGACAGUAUUUCAAGUCAGGAGAGUGAGGAAUCUCAUCAUUCUUCAUCAUCCUAUCAAGAUCUUGCUUCACCUGAAUCUUCAGAUCUUGAUUUGUAUUGGCCUGAGCAGAAAGGAACCAUCCCCUACACCUCGGAGGAAUACUUUGAGGAUACCUCCCAUGAAGCCUACCAAAGUUACAAGAGUUAUCAAGCUAUGGAAGCUCUCCCCACUAUCCCUGAGGAGGAGGAACAUCUCCACUCCAAGCAAAUUAAGAACCUUUCAUGUAGCUGGGAUGUGAACAGUUAUGGGGAUGAUGAAGAUCUCACAACAUCCUCAGACAGUGAUGAAGAGGUGAUUAAACAGUUUGAGAUUUCAGUUUCUCGUUCGCAGAGCUUUCGAUCAGGAGUUUCUGAAAAAGGAAUCCAAGCAGGUUUGGAGCACAGGCCAAAAUUUAACUGCUUGUUGUCAAAUCAUGAAGAAUACAGUACUGAGGCCUCUGAAAGUGAAGAUUUAGAUGGGUUCAGUCACCUGAGUUACCAAGACAACCUGUCUUCUCAUGAAGAUGACCUUCAAUCCAUCAGUUCGAGAGUGGUGGAGAGCAGGAGCUCUGGGCAGCCAAAAGACUCUGAGGUGGAUGUUAGUGCAACACCCAGCCUCAGCCGACAAGAAACUGAAGGAAGUUUGGAAAUGGAAACAGCUUUCAGCAACCAAGGAUUUGAAGGGAAUGAUGAAACUGACAGCUCAUCAGCUUGGAGUCCAGAGGAACAUGAAGAAGCAAAUGUCCUUCCAGCUCAUACUAGUGCCUAUGAGCCAAUUUCAAGAUGUGGUGACUUAGAUAUCAUCUUUGAUUACAAACCAUCGAGCCAGAAAUUGGUGGUGACUAUUAUCGAAGCUAAAGAUAUACCAGACAAGGACCGCAGUGGAGCAAGUACCUGGCAGGUACACACAGUCCUGAUGCCCAGCAAGAAACAGCGUGGGAAGACAAGUGUCCAGAAAGGGCCCAACCCAACGUUCAAGGACAAAGUGACCUUCACUAAGUUGGCACCUGAAAUGCUGAGCAGCUACGCUCUCCGGUUCCGCCUCUAUUCUGUGCGCAAAAUGAUGAAGGAGAGAAUGAUGGGGGAGCAGUUGUUUUAUCUUAGCCACCUCAACCAAGAGGGGGAAAUGAAGACCACGCUGGUUCUGGAACCAAGGAGCAACUUAUGUAGUGGAGGCUCCCAACUGAGUCUCUCGGCCAUCUCUCACAGUGACAGUGCUUCUUCGACCCAGUCUCUCUCCCACGGAGGAAUCCCAGAACUGCUGGUAGGACUAUCCUACAAUGCUACAACAGGCAGACUGUCGGUUGAGAUGAUCAAAGGCAGCCACUUCCGGAACCUUGCUAUUAACAGACCACCAGAUAGUUAUGGGAAACUCUGCCUUCUGAACUCUGUCGGUCAAGAAAUGUCUCGUUGCAAGACAUCUGUUCGACGAGGACAGCCAAACCCUAUCUACAAAGAGACGUUUAUCUUCCAAGUUGCCUUGUUCCAGCUCUCAGACGUCACCCUGAUGAUCUCCAUUUACAAUCGCCGCAGUAUAAAGCGCAAAGAGAUGAUUGGCUGGAUUUCUAUGGGUCAGAACAGUAGUGGAGAAGAAGAGUUAAGUCAUUGGCAGGAGAUGAAGGAAUCUAAAACACAGCAAGUGUGUAGGUGGCACAUGCUCCUGGAGUCUUAAUGGAAACCUUUCCAACAGGUGCAGAGCAUCUGUCUUCCCAGCAUUUGACAUAUAAAGGACUAUAUCAUCGGUUUAUGUUAUAACUGGACUUCUGAUGCUCUUUAC